GUCACCACUGUUGCAAAAACUCAAUGAUGGUUGCUGCUGGAAACUCGUGAGAUAUUUAAGGUUAAUACUUCUUAAUACAGCUGAUCGCGUGUGUGGGGCUGUUUACUGAGGCUGAAGUCACAGAGAGAAGUUGGUAGACUUUGCAGAGAAGCUCGCCCUGCAGGGCCUGCUGCGCUGACCGGAUCAUGGAUCCACUAGAUUUCCUGGAGACCGAUGAGCUGCUCCGCUUUUUCCACGCUCGGAAAACUGAAAUGUCCUGCAUGGAAAACCCGCAAACCUUCCUGAGCCAGCUGCGAGAUCACAACCUGAUCCCGGAAGACAAAUACCAGAGCAUCAUCCGCAUGAAGAGUAAAAAUAAGAUUAGGACAGGUGUCUAUGAUAUUUUGGACUGGCUGGAGAAUAAGAAUUCGGAACACAUCCAGCUGUUCUGGAGAUGUGUCUUCAAGGACGUUAUCAUGACCCAGUAUCCCACAAUUAAGGUGCUGCACACAAGCCUCAUGGACGGAUCUUUUCACUUUGACCUACAACUACCUGCGAAGGUGGAAAGUGAAGAAAGUGAAGAAAGGGGAAGCUCAAAGCAUUCGGACAGUGAGAAGGAAACUAAGUCAGCCAAAAAGAAGAGGAAAGCCAGCAGUGCCAGCAACUGUAGCAGCGGGGAGGAUCAGCAGCCUGGUCUGUCAGUAAAACAGAACCCAGGUCAGAGGAAAAAGACCAAGAAAAUAAAUUACAGUUCUCCAAGGAAGGGAGAGGCAGAGGAGAUUUGGACCUGGCCCCUCUAUAAGAGCCAGCUGCCUGUGACCUGUGGACAAGAGGAGGGGACGCUUAUAAGAGACAAACUGGCCAAAGGUGAAAAAUGCAUCUUGGUGGAUAAGCAGUGGUUCUCUCCGUCUGAAUUUGAGAAGUUUGCAGGAAAAGGAAGCAGCAAGAACUGGAAGAUGAGCAUCCGAUGCAGGAAGACCCCUUUAGGAAAACUUAUUAAGGAGGGACACCUGAAGGCAGCAGCCUACAAAAACAGACGCAAACUGGUGAAAGGAAAACAACAAAAUGAAGAAGAGAGUGAAGAUGAGGACAGUUCAAUGGAAGAGCAAACAACUGGAGAUUCCACAGGAGACGAAAUGGAAGGACAAGCUGAGCUGUUAGAAGUCACAUCUGAUCAGGGAAAGUUUAAAGUGACGUGUGGAGCUUUGACUGGAACUUUACACAAAAAGCGGUUUGGAUCAGGGAAAUGUGGGAAAAGUAUUCGCACUGAGCUGAGAUGGCUUACCCCAGUGGAGUUUGUGAAUGUGGCUUUAAACCAGAGUGAUGCCACUUGGAGGAAGGACAUCCUGUAUGAUGGCAAACCCCUCAGUCAUCUAAUAGAGGCGCGGGUGUUGUUGAUUCACUCGUUACUCUGCAAAUGCAACCUGUGCAAACCGAAACCUGAAGACCUGGAUAAUCAGAAAAACGAUGAUGAGUGUUGCAUCUGUAAAAGUGAAGGAGAAGAGGAGUUGGUUGAGUGUGAUAACUGCCCUCGAUCAUUCCACCAAAACUGCCAUUUGCCUCGUGUAGACGACGCUAUUCUAAGGGACGACGGUCAGUGGAUGUGCACCUUCUGCAUUUUUAAAGCCAUAGAAGAGUGUCGCUACCCAGACAAGCAGAGAGCCCAAGCCGUCAUGUCCCGUCUGAUAUCUCAACAACUGCUGGAAUGCCAGUAUCUCCUCCUCUAUCUGUGCAGUGCUGAUGAGGAGCAGAUAUUUGCCACCGACCCUGGGCAGUAUUUAUCAAAUUAUUCCAGUAUUAUCAAAACUCCAAUGUGGCUGGACAAGAUCGCAGAUAAACUCAAGAGGGAAGAAUACCAGACGGUCAGCGAGUUUGUGUCUGAUGUUCAGCUCAUUUUUAGCAACUCUGCUACAUACAACAGGAACAAUCCAGAAUACCUUGAAAUGAGCAAAAACCUGAAGCAGCUGUUUGACAGGGAAUUUGAGAGAGCCUUCAACAUCCAGGACUGAACCACAGCCUGACG